CAGGAACGCGGCGCUGGACGUGGAACCCGUUUACGCCUUCCGUGGGCACAGGGGUCCCGUGCUGGCCGUGGCCAUGGGCUGUGACAGUGGGCUGUGCUGCAGCGCCGGGGUGGACGCCCAGAUCCGCUGCUGGCGCCUGCCCGACCUCGACAUGGACCCCUACGACGGCUACGACCCCGGGGUGCUGAGUGGGGUCCUGGAGGGCCACGGGGACGCCGUGUGGGGUUUGGCCUUCAACGCGUCCGGGGAGCGCUUGGCGUCCUGCUCGGCCGACGGCACCGUCCGCAUCUGGGACCCCCGGCGCAGAGACGGGGCCUGCCUGGGGGUCUAUGAUGGCCACACUGAACACGGUGUCCCCACGUCGGUGACGUUCUCGGCCACGCAGCCGGCCCACGCGGUGGCCUCGUUCCGCUCGGGCUGCGCCGUCAUCUACGACCUGGAGGCCGCCCGGCCCGCCCUGGUGCUCGAGGCCCGCCCUGCCCCCG